AUGAUUGAAACGGUGCUGGGACAGGUCCUCGUGACUAGCUGCUUCCUGAUCAGCGUGGGCUUUUUGGUCGUCUCGACUUUCCUUGCGACCAAGUGCAACCCCAUGGACCCCUUCGUACUUCGGGAUGAAGCCGAGUUCAAAGACGAGGAGCUUGAGGAGCUGCCAUAUUGUGGAUUGUGUGCUACCACAGUGCAGGCGCGCAGCAAACAUUGUCGAGCCUGCAACAAGUGUGUGGCGUCUUUCGAUCAUCACUGCAUGUGGCUCAACAAUUGUAUUGGUGGGGACAACUACCGUGCCUUUUUUGUCUCCAUCAGCUCCGUCGCAGUGAUGAUAGGUAUCGUGCUGGGCACCAUCUUGUAUCAGUUCAUCGACUUUUUCGCGAACGAGACCUUCGAGUCUCGCUUGCAGGCAUCUCCAGUCCAUGCGGGACUUUCCAUGGAGGCGUUUCUUGCGAUGCUUAUUGCAAUGUCAUUCGUGAAUGUGCCGUUAUGGUUUUUGGACAUGCAGCUGGUUUUUCUGCAUGUCUACUUGAUGCACCAAAACUUGACCACAUACGAAUACAUCAUGAACAGACGGCAGCAGGAUGAAGGCAGUUCCAAGUUCCGCGGGCUCCCGCGUUGCAUGGACUGGAUUGUCUUCUCCAGAUGUGGCCAGAGACGGCCAAAGAAGAAGGACAAGAUAGAGAAGAUUGAUGAGACCAAGCCUUCUCCACCUGAUGCGCUGUCCUCGGAAACAUGGCCAUUGCUGUGCCAUGAUACUCCUAAUCAUCAUCGACAUCGUCAUCGUCAUCAUCAUCAUCAUCAUCAUGGUCAUCACAGUCAUCAUCGUCGUCAUCGUCAUCCUCGUCAUUAUCUUAAUGAUGGAAUGCACAAGCCAUAG